AUGAGGAUCACAGAGAAAUUAAAUCAAGCUUAUAGCUCCCCUAACCCUCCACCGGCUACGUUCUCCUUCGAGUUCUUCGUGCCCAAGACGGCUCAAGGGAUCCAAAAUCUUUAUGAUAGAAUGGACAGAAUGUACGAUUUAAAUCCUAUUUUCAUUGAUAUCACUUGGGGUGCUGGAGGUAAAAGAGCUUCAUUAACCAAUGAAAUGGUUUAUACUGCUCAGUCUACCUUAGGUUUAGAAACUUGUAUGCACUUAACAUGUACAAAUAUGAAAGUUGAACUCAUUGACGAAGCUUUAUCCAGAGCCAAAGCCUCGGGAUGUCAAAAUAUUUUGGCUUUAAGAGGUGAUCCACCUUUGGAUGGUAGUGAAAGUACUGGAGAUUUCCAAUAUGCUAAAGAUUUAAUCACUUACAUUCGUAAGAAUUAUGGUGAUUACUUCAAUAUCGGUGUAGCUGCUUAUCCCGAAGGCCAUCCCGAAGAACCAAACGAUGAUAAGACCUUAGAAUUCUUAAAGAUCAAAUGUGACGCUGGAGCUGAUUUUAUUGUUACACAAAUGUUCUAUGAUGCUGACCAAUUCAUUAAUUGGUGUUCACGUAUUAGAAAAAUCGGUAUUGAUUUACCUAUUAUUCCAGGAAUCAUGCCUAUUUCGACCUAUGCUGCUUUCAUCAGAAGAGCCAAAUGGUCAGAAAUCUCCAUUCCUCAACAUUUCUUAGAUGCUUUAGAUCCAAUUAAGGAUGAUGAUUUCUUAGUCAGAGAAAUGGGUACUACUCUUUUGGUUGAAAUGUGUCAGAAAUUGUUAGAUUCUGGUUAUAUCAAACAUUUACAUUUCUAUACCAUGAACUUAGAGAGAUCCACCAUCAUGGUAUUAGAAAAAUUGAACCUUAUUGAAACUGUCAAAGCUCAUGACACUAUUGGAGGUACAGUUUUACCAUGGAGAAAAUCAUUAAAUCCAUCACGUCAAAAGGAAACCAUCCGUCCGAUCUUCUGGCAAAACAGAAAACAUUCUUAUAUUUCCAGAACCAGUACUUGGGAUGAAUUUCCUAAUGGUAGAUGGGGGGAUUCUUCAUCUCCAGCUUUUGGUGAUAUUGAUUUAAAUGCUACUGAGUUAUUAAGACAAUCACCAAAGAAAGCUUUUGAACUUUGGGGCCAUCCUCAAUGUUUGAAAGAAUUUGCUGAUUUAACUAUCAAUUAUUUGACAGGUAAAUUGAAAUCCAUUCCUUGGUCUGAUGGUCCUAUUGAUGCUGAUACUUCAGUUAUGACUGAUGAUUUGAUUUCUUUAAAUAAGAAAGGUUUCAUCACCAUCAAUUCUCAACCUCCUUUAAAUGCUACUAAAUCAAACGAUAAAGUUUAUGGUUGGGGUCCAAAGAAUGGUUAUGUGUUCCAAAAACAAUAUUUGGAAUUCUUCUGUCAUAAAGAUACUUUGAAUCAGUUAUUAAAUAACAUUGAUUCAUUUAAUUCUACUGAUAACAAUGCUAGAAUUUUAACUUAUUAUAUGGUUGAUAAAUCCGGAGAUUUAGUUACUAAUACUAAAGAAGGUGAUAUCAAUGCUGUCACUUGGGGGGUUUUCCCAGGGGAAGAAAUCGUUCAACCAACCAUCGUUGAAAGAAACUCUUUCUUAGCUUGGAAAGAUGAAGCUUUUAGUUUAAUCGAAGAAUGGGUUAGAAUCUUUGAAAGUGACAUGGCUAAGGAUUUUAUCAAAGGUAAAGAAACUGAAGUCCAAAACUUCAUUAAAUUCAUGAAAUCAUUCGGUGAUGAUUUUGUUUUAUGUAAUGUUGUUAACAAUAACUUUACUGAUGAUUCCAAAGUUUUAUUCGGAAUGUUUAAUGGUUUAGAAAACUAA